AUGUUUAUUUCGUCAGCAGAGUCCGACGGCCCGGAAGGUUUUUUCUCAAAACGGCGGUACUCUAAACGUUCAUAUUUCACGCCACCUCCCGACCUCGUGCGUCUGUUUUCUCGUGUCUCGCAGUCCUCUCCGUGGUCACAGCUCAUUUCGCAUCUUUCUCCGUCAAACCCCAAGGCGCGGAGGCACAGUGGCUUAGCUUCCUCUUCGCAUACUUCAAGGGCCGCUGUUUUCACAAGCCUGCUGGCUGCAGUAGCUGCACGCCUACUUUCAGCCAUCAACGACGUUGUAGACGGUGGCGAUUUCAAGCAGAACGCAAAUCUUCAUGUCCUUAACGUUCUCUAUGUCACAUCGUUUGGAGCCAUCAUAUUGAAUACGACAACUGUCACGUCUUUACUUCUUAUCGACGAAUUGGGUGACCUUCCGGACAUUGCUGCUGCGGAUCCAUACAGGCCAAAGGCGGGCUCGAUGACAGUGGAUCAACAGAGCUAG